CAUGUAUAUAUAAGGGCCCCCCGCAUCAGCCAAAGGACACUUCGUCUCAGGGCGCUAAUUACUAAGGAAAUUGCCCCAGAGAGCUGCCGAGAGCCGGUGGCUGCCGCUCCACGCCGACGCCUCCGCUGCAGGGAUGGAGGUGAUGGACAGCUGCCAAUUCUCCCCUUCCGAGCUCUUCUAUGACAGCUCCUGCCUCUCCUCCCCGGAGGGAGAGUUCCCCGAGGAUUUCGAGCCCAGGGACCUGCCUGCCUUCGGCGCCCACGAACCCCCCGAGUCGGCCUGCCCUGAGGAAGAGGAGCAUGUCCGAGCUCCCACCGGCCACCACCAGGCCGGCCACUGCCUCAUGUGGGCUUGCAAAGCCUGCAAGAGAAAAUCCACUACAAUGGACCGGCGGAAGGCGGCCACCAUGAGGGAGAGGAGGAGGCUGAAGAAAGUGAACCAGGCGUUUGAGACCCUGAAGAGAUGCACCACUGCCAACCCCAACCAAAGACUCCCCAAAGUAGAGAUACUGAGAAAUGCCAUCAGAUACAUCGAGAGUCUCCAGGAACUCUUGAGGGAACAGGUAGAAAACUACUAUCACCUGCCGGGACAGAGUUACUCUGAACCGACCAGCCCCACUUCCAGCUGCUCCGAUGGGAUGGUAAGAGAGGGACAGGAGCGAUGGGGCUGUGGGGACCCCAGGAAGGCCCGGGGGCAGGUUCCCUUCGAUCCAGCGUUGUGGGUCCGGUCCCAUGGGUCUCGAACAGGCCGAAUGCAGCCGAACGUCAGCAAAAGGCGGACGGUUUGGGUUAAAACAAGCCCCUUCUCAGAUUUAACACUGAGCAUGUACAUGGGCUUUCCGGGGAUGAAUGGGGGGACGGUAACGCUGCAAGAGGGCACCCAGCAAGCGCCCCAGCCCCUGGGUGCUCCUUUCUCCCCCAAACCCACUUUAGGGCGAUGCAGCAGAAGGAUAAGGCGUGGGGAGACGGGGAAGGCACUGUCCAGCGGCAGCCUGGUCGGGGGGACUGCUGCUCCACUCCCCAGGGGGCGCCGGAGCCCUCCCCGCAGGGUUUACGGCGUUUUCCCUCCGAGGGGAGCGCCCCAGCAGCCCCGGGGGGCGGUGGCCGGGCCAGGACUCGCUCCUCGCUGUCUUGCAGGCCGACUGCGGCAGCCCGGUCUGGUCGGCGAGAGGCAGCAGCUUCGAUGCCGUCUACUGCUCCGAGAUGGCCCACGGGUAUGCCGCCGAGCAGAGCAGCGCCCUGUCCAGCCUCGACUGCCUCUCCAGCAUCGUGGACCGCUUGUCCCCGGCGGAGGAGCCGGGGCUGCCCCUCCGCGACGCCGACUCCCUCUCGCCCAGCGCCAGCAUCGACUCGGGGCCGGGGACGCCCGGGACGCCGCCGCCCCGACGGACCUACCAGGCGCUAUGAAGGGCCCGGGGAAGCCGGCAUCCCGUGCUUUCCGUCACCUCCGGGGCCGCCUCCCCCGCCCAGCCGCCUCCUGCAAACGCUUCACGGGCGGGAGAGGCUGACCGGCCCACCGCCUCCCUCCGAGGCUGGGGGCAAAGCGCCCCGCCGGGCACCGGCUUCCCCCGGGGCAGACAGACACCGGGGCUCGGGACACACGCACCACCCUGGAAACCCUGCUGCAAAUAAAACGUGCUGUACGAGA